CUCAUAUCUAAGUUAUGAUUAUUGUCCAUAUCUUGCAUAAUCUCAACGAAGUCUUCUUUUUUUGUUUUGUUUUUUUAAGAAUAUUAAAUAUAAUACUAAGAGAAACCGAGGUCAUGAAGAAGGAAGGAAACCAGGAGGAUGUUGAAAGACUGAGAGAAUGGCUUCUGAAGCAACCGCAUCACCCCAAAGUCAUUGAAGAUAGGAUGCUUUCGGCAUUCGUCUACGGUUCCAAAAGUCUGGAAAUCGCUAAACAGAAGCUGGAAUCCUUCUUCACCUGGAGAGCUCACCUCCGGGAUAACUAUCCCUUCUUCUACAUCAGGGACCCUUCAGAUCCCUACUUCAAGAACUCUUUAAAAUCUGGGAAUAUGUUCUUCCUGCCAAAGACUACUCCUGAGGGAUACAGGGUCUUCUAUACCGGAAUAACGGAUCAGUUCGAAGAGCAUUACGACCACGAUCAGACCACAGCGUGCUUUCACAUGUCGCUGGAGCUCUCGAUGGAUCAAUGGCCAGACAUGAAAGGGAUAUUCAUAAUCUGGGACCUGAAGGGUUUCAAACCGAGCUACGCAGCCAGGUUAAACUUAUCUACCUUCGAAACCACCAUCCGCUACUUGCAGGAUGUUUAUCCUGUCAAGAUGAAGGGAGUUGUCUUCCUCAACACUCCGGCCAUUGUAGAAACCUUCUAUAACACCAUCUUCAAACCAUUCUUGAAGGAGAAAUUAAAAAAGAGAAUUACAAUAACAAGAGAAGAUAGUAAAUGCCUAAAAAAAUACUUACCAGAAGAAAUACUUCCGUCGGACCUCGGUGGAAAGGAGAAGUCUUCUGCAGAAUUUAAUGAGGACUGGUUGAAUUUGCUGAUAGAGAAGAAAGAUGGGAUCAAAAGUUACUCACUUCUUGUUGCCGAUGAGAGCAAACGUCCGCCGGAGACAAAGCAAACUUUCGGCAUCGAAGGAACCUUCCGAACUCUAGCCAUUGAUUAGCACCUAAAAAGUUUAUUGUAUCUAAUUUAACUGUAAUUUUAAAUAACUUUGAAUUUAGCUUUAUAACAUUUAAUAAAGCGUCGAAUAUUAUUAUUCUUUAAUAAAAACUUCUAACCAACUCUCUGAGAAAGAAGAGAUAGUUCUCUCCCGAUUAAGGAUUGAGUAUUGUAUUUUCACAAGCCUAUCUACUAAGAGGACUAGACCCUCUAACACGCGAGAGAUAUAACGUUCAAAGACAUAGUAAUAUUGCAACUUAAAUAUCAUAUAUUUACAUACUUAGACAUCAAAUUUUAAACAUUAUACUUCAUACAAAGAAACAAUGCAGUAUAAUCAAAUAUUAAUAAUGUACCGACAGAUACUAGAAUAAGAAGCAGAUGGACCUAUGUUGGGACCAACGCGAUAAAAAAGUCUUUCCGAAAAAAAAUCUGUCUUUAGCACUAGAAAUUAAAAAGAUUUUAUUUUGUAAAUUAGACUAAAUACCUGUAUGCAUUUAUUUAAAUCGUUGUUUAAGAAAUAAUGCCAUCAUCUUAAUAGUAUUUGGAAUAUAGUGGACUGUAUGAAAUAAAAAUAAAUUAUGAAUGUUAAACUAAUAAUUUAAACUAUGUUUUGAUGUGAUACAUAAUGGGAAACAAUAGCGGAUACAGGAUUUAACUUUUUGGGGGCUUCAACCCAAAAGCCUUUAUAUAUAUAAUGAUAAUUACUUUGGAAGAAAAAGAAAGAGACUAUUUACCUACACGAAAUAUUGUCUCAGUCCUAUUAAAUGUAAUUAGACGAACAAUAAAACUUUCAGAGGGAUUUUUUUUCAUAAGACAUGGUUAAAUUUUACGAUUUUGGGGGGAGGGAGAUCUUCAGCCCGAAAGCACUCCUGUAGAUCCGGCUCUGAUGGGAAAAUGGAGAGGAAAAAUUAAUAUAAUAAUGUUGUUUUAAUUGAAAUUUCUCAGUGAGACUAAAAUUUGACAUUGCAGCCAGUUGAAAAAAGAGGAUUUAAUAUAUUGUAUAUUGUAGAAUGCAAUGUCGAUGAUGGUUAGAAGAAAAAAAUAAAUAAAUGGUUGAAUUUACUCAGGCUUUGGAGAAACCUGUGAUAAUUGAAUAAUAAACGUUUGGGGCUCAAAUAAGAAAAAAAAUGUAAAAAAUUUAUUAUUAAAUGGUCAUAAUAUACAAAAAAUUAAAAAAAAAAAGAAAAGAAGAACUAUUUGUUGAUCUUGUAUUUCCCCUUAGGCCUGAAGGGAUUCCUCAACCAGUCAGACCGGUCCUCCAGAACCAAAGACUCCCGGCAGAGCUCCUCGCUGCCCCAGCUCUGCCGCUUCUUCUUCCGAAGGAAAGACAGCUUUCCCUUCUUCUCUUCUGUCUAGAAAAAAAAAACAGAAAAGUUAUUUAUUUCAGUUUUUCCGAAUGUUAAUAAACAUUACUUAUUCUAUAAAAAUCAGUUCAGGAAUUAAUGAAAGUCAUUUUCCGAUUAUUCUGGAACAUUCAUUCUGUGAUCAGCCUUCAAUGAGAAUUAUUAAUUUAUUUACAAUUAAAUGAAUGAAUUAUAUCGGCUACCUCGUCUUUGACUGUGAGACCAUUGGGAGAUGGAACAGAGCAGUCUACUAUUACUAUAUCCUUGUCUUCCUCUUCAGGUUCCUGGUAAGUUGGCUCUACCGGCGGUGGGCCGAUCACUCCUGACAGAAAGUCUUCUUUGGCCUUUUGUAUUCGGAGUGCUCUUUGUUUGAGGCUUUCGCAAAGUUCAGGCUUCACCAAUUCCUACAAGAUACAACAAAUUAGUUACUAACUAAAUAUUUUUUUUUAAAACUUAUUUAUUGAAAAAUAUUACAAUCUGUCUCAAGGACAUUUAUAAUAGUGUUCACAGAUCACAUUCACACUCUACAUACAAUAAAUAAAAUAAAUUAUGCAGAAAAACAAUAUAUAAUAUAUACAAUACAUAAGAAAAAAGAACCUACAAAUAAAUAAAUAAAAAGAACACAUACAUACAUACCUAUAUACAAUAUUUAUCUAUCUGAAACGGAUAGAUCCGUCGAAAGCCUGUGGAGGGAAAAGCAUGAAUCCAGGAGAUCCCUGCACUUCUCUCUCAACCGCGUCGCUGAGGCUAAAUCCAAUGGAGAUUGAACAAGUGUGCCAUUGCCAUCUCUCCAAAUCUGGCCGUUACCAGAACUCCAAUAGCUUAAUAAUUAACCACGAAGAAGAUACGUCUCUCUACUACCCCAAAAGUUUAAUACUGAGUUCGAUCAAAUCCCAAGGAAUGUGCUAAACGAAUGGCCCAGUCCAUUCUAGGAGCCAGAUAUUUGAGAGCACAGCAGAGAGGUGAAUUGUGGCCGAUUCCCUUCCCCGUGCAGAAGCUCAUAAUAUGAAAUUUUAUUGUACUAUAACAGGUUUGUUAACAGGUAUAGUAUCUAUAGGAGAUAAUAAUGCCUUAUUCACAGGUUGGUUAUAAUUAUAUUGAGUUGAACCCUCAGGCAACGCUACAACUAUGGCAGGUUGGAUAAUUUAUUAUAAAUCACAGAAUUAUAAUUGCUCUAGACAAAAAUUAAUUGAUGAAAACCUAAUGUUGAGAGUAAUAAAACCUAUAAAGAAUACCUGCAACCGUUCUAUCCUCUUAAUUAUUUCGGAUGGCUGGUUCUCCAAAAGAUCAGGAAUAGGUGGAGGAGGAAGCACUGGAUGUCGCUCCUGGGCUUCAGAUAGUUCUUCUGAGAGUGGAUCAUCAUCGGGUGUGCAAUUAUCUUCGGAAGUUAGAUCCGGAGCUUCCUCAUCAACGUCUUGGUCGAAAGUGUCAGUCGUUGUUUGUUCAGGAAAGGUAAGAGGUUCUGCAGUGAAUUCAGAACACUGUCCCAGGCUGAUAGUUGAAGGAUACUCUUCUUCU